AAACGUAGCGGCACAACAAAAAUGCAUCUCACUGCCACUGACACUGGUUACAGUGCAGCGUUGGCCGUGACGGCCAUCUUUAUGCUGGCACUGAGUAGUUAUGCGGACGGAUUUGCAACGUUACCGACGGAGCUCGAGCGAACGCAACGGUGCCAUCUCGAGCGGACGUACAAAAUGAUCGGCUACAACUGUGCCAAUUUGAACCUGAAGGAGAUCCCCCAAUGGCUAAAGACAAAUCUGGAGAUAUUGGAUCUCAGCUUCAACCGUAUCCGUGAUCUAAAUGUCCAGUCGUUUGCGCGCUACGAGUCUGUGAAGUAUUUGUAUCUUUUUGAAAACAUGAUCCAAAACAUUGAGGAAGGGACCUUCAGCGAGCUAUCCAACCUAGAGGCCAUCGAUCUAUCGUUCAACGCGCUGAAAAGCAUACCGCUGGAGAUUUUCAAUCUACCUUCCCUGCGGAACCUGUACGUCGGUCACAACGUAUUGCACGAUCUUGAGGUGGAUUUGAAGGCGUUAGAGAAACCUAUCAAAGCGCCCCUGCAGGUUCUGAGUAUCCCGGAUUGUCGUUUGCAGCGAUUACCGGACUUUGGCAUCCUACCCGACCUAUGGCAGCUCAAUAUUUCGUCCAAUCCGAUGAAGGAACUUACGCUCAAUCAACUAUCUCCCAUGUGCAACUUGAAAAUGGUCGACUUAAACAACACCCAAACUGACGGCUGUGCCUGCCAGGUGAUGGCCGCAGAACUGGUCCUUCGGGGAACCACAGUAAAGUACCUACCGAUGUCGUGUAUACCUAUAUCGGUUUUAGAACAAGAGCGUUGUAAGGCCGAGUUCAACGGCAAAAUUACGGAGGAUGAUAUCCACGCUUUCCAACAGUGUAUGGAUGUACGGAAAGCACGCAAACUGGACAACGAAGCCAAAGCAACGUGGAUUACCAUUUCCAGCAUCGUCGCACUGUGCAUUUUCCUGCUUGUCCUCAUUCUCUAUUGUCUGCAUAGACGUAACGCCAAACGUCUGAAGGCUAGCCGAAGAACAAAAAAAGGAGCGAUAUCAAAUAAUAUCAAUCGAGUUAUAGGCACUCCUUCCCAAGCCGAGGAAGGGCCAGUUGAAACUCCAAAGAGUGAAAAACUUCUAAGUGAUUGUGAUUAAGGAGACAGAGGAUGCCACAUGUUGAGAACCGGUAGUCACAAUAACAUGUGAGCCAUAUUGUAUCCUCCAUCUGUACAGGACUCCAUCGUCUGCUUGAACGAUCACAAAACGGAGUGGCCGAAUUUCUUGACUCCAAACGCUUCGAAGAAUUUAUAGCGAAGGACGUUUCGUUGGCGAGAUUUACGCUACUAAAAAGUCCUAAACAUAUUUGCAUUACACACGAUCACUACACGCUAAAUAGAAACCAGAGACAAACUACUACCACGAGAAUGAAAGAAAAAUGUGAUCUUACCUAGAGGAGCACCGAGUUUUGCCAUUGCAUGAGACUAACAUUUAUAGCCUUAAGAAAUAGUUGCUAGUUGACGCUGUAAAUAUUCAUUGUAAAUUAGUUACGGUACGAUCAAUCAAUCAGGUACACCGAACGAUGAUGCCAUAGAGUAAAAUUAAGCAAAUCGAUAGAUUUAGUAUGUUGAUAGAAAAUGAAAUGUUGUCGCACCUAGAUGAACAAAUCGAAUUAAAACGAAACUAAAACCUUAACUAUCCUCACGCGUCAGGACAUUUGAUUCGCGGAUGAGAUUGUUCAACUUAAUAUAUAAUGAAAGAAACAUUUUCGCGCGGAAAUAAAUAAGU